GAAAUUUCUUUUUUUACGUUGGAUAGUAAAAAAGCACACAAGCAACCAAAAUGUCUGUGAUAACAUUAAAAUGUUUUAGUGCAAAAUCGAAUUCAUAAACGCAAAGUCGUUUCUGUAAGAGAGAAAAUAGAAAUUUUUCUAUUUGACAAAAAAAAAAUUAAUUAUUUGAAGUUAAAAGAUAAUGCGCGAGAGAAAAAUGUUGCCAGCAUAUCAAAGAUUAAAAACGGAUGAGAAUCUACAGGAUGGCAGCAAAAAAGCAGCAUUUACUAUAGCCUUUGGGAACUUUUCAUUGAUGACUGUAUCUUUACCACUAUUUUCAUUCAUCUUUUGUGUCGCAUACUCAAUAAUCUUUUUCUUCGAAGAGUCUGUAUCAACACACUGUCAUGUGUGGAAUUAUUUGCCAUCUAUAAGUGCAGCAAUAGGUGCUUUUCAGCCUCAAGCGUUUGUAUGGCAAACGGCAAUAGUUUUACAUUUUAUUCCACGAUUAACAGUUACAUGGAUGUACUUUAAUUUUUAUACACAACAAAUUAAGAGGAAUAGACAGAAUGUUGCAAACGUAGCAAUCUUCCUCAAUCUAAUUGAGAACAUUUGUCUUCUCGGAUUGUCGCUGUAUAAUUCGACAACUUAUUAUGAUUACCAUAAAGUAUUUUUCUGUACAUUCAUUGUAACAUCGGAACUGUACAUGAUGUUAAGCUAUUAUCUCAAUAAAUCAGCACGACGAAAUCCCAAUUUAGAUCAACGAGAGAUGAAGUCACUGAGACUUAAGAGGAAUUUAUGUAUAAUCAAUAUCAUAUCCAUUCUCUUAGCAACAUAUUUCUUUAUUAGACACAACGAUCACUGUGAAGGAGGAAUAUACACUCUUUUCGCAUUCUUUGAAUAUAUUGUCGUCCUCACAAACAUGGGCUUUCACCUUACGUCUAUUUACGAUUUUCACAAUCAACAUUUGAUCUUUGAUUGGACUUAUGGGAUUAGAGUUCAUUAUCAAUAACGUGCUAAUAUAUUAUAGGAGUGAUUCACGAAUGAAGUGACCAAUAUUGAACUGACUGUUAAAUUUUUAAAAUUCACUAACACAAUUACAAGAAUUUUGCAUGUAAAACAAUGUAAAUGUUUGUCAAAGUGUUGGUGGAACUAUGUGAAGUUAUUUGUGACCUUUUCAGGGUCAUUAUAAAUGACAUCUGGGGGAGAUGGGGUAGGGGUGAGGGGGUAGUCAGACAUGAACAGACCGCCUUAGUUAAACUUUAAAUCAAUUCUAUUUUUGAUAUUCUCAACAAAAAACUAAAAAAAAAUCAAAAUUUCCAUUAAAUAGUUAUUGCUGAUUACUUAGGCUUAUAAAUUUCAGGCGAUAAAAUUUCUCUACAAUUAUUGCUAUAACUAAUGACAAAAAUUGCUAUUUUUAAAGUCUUUCAACAAUGCGUAACAAUAACAAAAAAGAUUUUUGUAAAUCAUCGAAAAGGUUUAGGUAGAAUUAACAUUAAUUAAUUUAUAACAAAAAAACAGAAACAGUGGUAAAAAGGCUCUUUUAUAAUAAAAACAGGAAACAAUAAAAACUUUG